AUGCGGUGUUUCUUGCUCAUUUCGCUUCUGUCUACGUGUUACCAUUUUGGAUCGAGUUUCGUACGAGAUAAGAGAUAUUUGGUGUUCCCGCCGCCGACCAACGUAGCGCCGACCAAAGUGCAGUUAAUCCUCGGCCUCGGUUUACCUAUGGAAGUCGACGUCAGCAUGAUUAUCGGAUAUGUGAUGAAAUUUAAUUACGUGCUGCCCUAUAACGCCUCCUACUUGACGGAUUCAUACGUUCGCUAUGACAGAUCGAUCAGCCCUGGUGUCGAGGUCGACGGCAAUGACGCUCCAACGUCGGAUCACCAAGGAGUGGCACGCGUCAUCAACAGAUGGGAAAUUUACGAAAUCCUGGAAUCGGUUCUCGGCGAUUCGCGAUCGGGCAAGGCUUGCCUUUUAAGGGCGAUCUGCGAGGCCUCAGCGGCGCCUUUCAACCGAGUUCACGGUCUCAGCUCUCAGCUCGUUCAUCUUCUGCUCACGCCGUCGACCACCUCGGAGCCUUUCAGGACUGACUUUGAUCGAGUGUAUCACGCUGCUGAAAUUAUGGGCCGACAAGGAGUCAGCCCUUGCGAUAAUUUAUUCGCGGAAUGUACGGAGAGCCCUCUGGAUUACUUUACAGAGGUUUACGAAUGAUCGUCUGCCUAACAUCGCCUGCAAUAUGUUGACUUAAUUGAUAGAAGAAUAAACUUGACACCGCUUCACCUAGCCUUUAUUCUCUAAAAUUGAUCAUCAACGAGAUCGCGUCUCGUGCUGCAAUUUUUUCUACACACAGCAAAGUACGCGAACUAAGCAUCGAUAAGAGGCAGAAUAUACGUUGGCUAAGCAGAAACAACGUCCCCGGAACCUCGUCAGAUUAUUUCAAAUGACUUGAAAUCUCUUUAUUUAUUGAAAUAUUCUGCCAAAUUUCUAGUCUCUUUUUCGCUAAUUGAGUUUUACUUGACUUUGCGCAAUUUGGAACAAUUUAUUAAUCCAUAUUACAUAUUUUACUUAAU